AUGGCUCAAACCGAGACUCUCAGUCUUUUGCAGGAUGUCGUCGCCAAAACCCAACAGCAGGCAAUCCUGGAGUCCGAUAUUCAGGAACUACACGACCACAUUCUCACCCAGCCGGGAGGAGAGGAAAAGCUUCAGCUUCUGGCUCAAAGCGUCAGCACGCCUGUUACCGCGAUGGCCACUAACGAUGCUGGCGCAUUCAAAUCCAAGAUGAGCGCUACAGGCUCUCUGAUUAACGUCUGGUUCUAUCAGCGCGUAACCGUCAACGUUAACGUCAACGGAAAGGACAGACAGUUUACCGCAAACCUUGGCGGGUUCUCGCCGGGCUUUCCGGGCGGUGCUCUUUUUGGAGACCUCUACUACGAUGAUAUCAAUGACGUCGGUGGUGAUUAUACCGUUCAAGCUGGCUCUAUCGGACUCUGGCUGAAUCCCCGCUUCGUCGGGGCGUAG